AUGGAGAAGAAGCGCAAGGCGCCCUCUCGGACGUCAACGCGACUCGGGAGGGCAUCUAAGCGCCGGCAAUCGACACCCCGCGAGCCCACGCCGGAACCUGUGCCCGAACCCACGCCUCCUCCCGUCGUCGAGAAGACGCCCCCUCCGCCGCCGCCACCUCCUCUGCCCAUCUCUAUCGAGGCUGGCAAACCCCUUCCUACAGUCGAGAAGCCACAGCCUGAUGAUCUGUCGAUAGAGGAAUACCAGGACGUUUACGAGAGCGGCGUUCUUGUCGAAUCUCUCAUCCGGUCACGGGACAAAUGGAUAAACGGAGGCCUUUUCGAGAAGUACUGGACAAAACCUCAUAAGCGCAAGGGCGUCCUGCAAGAGGACCCUAAAAACCCCUCCAAGGACACCAUGUCGAAGGUCGGGCCAGUCACCAUCACACUCGAACCGCACAUCUUCGAAGCCACCAUGUAUGUCGUUAAGGACCCCAAGCUACGGCAACAGCACAAGGAGGCGCAGCAGAAGCAUAAACAAAUGGUGCAGCAGCAGAAGCAACAGCUCAAGCAGCAGCAGCAGCAGCAGCAGCAGCAGCAGCAAUACCAACUGCAGCAGCAGCGACAACUCCAACGACAGCAGCAGCAGCAGCAGCAGCAGCAGCAGCGGUACCAACAGCAACAUUUCCAACCAGCCCAGGCUCGCCCAGUCAUCCAGUAUGGCCAGCCAAACAGCUACGUGCCGCUCCCGGGGCCUCCAGUGGCGGCCGCUCACUCACCGGCGCCAGACGCUCGACACGCCUCUGGUAGCCCGGCCCCUAUCUCUGCGCAGCCUCAGCCUCAGCUUCAGAGGCCACCCUCGAAUGAACCCGAAAGGAGGGCCUCUGACGGUCCAAGGCUAGCAGCAGCCCCUUCUACAGCUCUUGGGGGGACCACCCCUUCACCUGCGCCGAGCUACCCGCCGAGACCUCCUCCGGGGCCGGCAGCAGUCGGCAAGACAACAGUCCCACCAGCCGCCGGAACACCUCCCAACACGGCUACUGUUCGGCCGCCUCCGAAUCCCCCUCCAGCACCGCAGGCAGCCGGGACAUCGCCUGCUGGCACGCCUCCUACCGGCGCACGACCGACGUCGAGACCCCCAGCGAGACCGGCUGCCAAUGCCGCACCGGGUCAGCCGGCACCGGCGAAAGCGGGACCAGCAGCAACAGCUUCUGGGUCCGGCAAGCUCAAUACCGCUGCCCCGGCGCCCGCAGCCAAACCCGCCACGAAUGACCCUGUGAUAGCCCUCUUGGCCCAGCGAGCCUCAGGCGAUCCAGAGCUUAGAGAUCUUAUGAAGAGGGUUGCCGUCGGACAGGCAAAGCAGGAGGAACUCAACCAUUUCCAGAGUAUAAUCAACCAACUGAAUGCAGAGUAUAAGCGAGGAGGUGGACAGCAGGGCCCAUCAGCAGACAGACUUCUCGUGGAUGGCCGGACGGUCAAGUACUUUGCGGUCGAGGUGUGCGCCAUCCUCGACUUUGUGCUUGCCUCCAACCUCAACCAGAAGGCAGCGGACCUCAAGCCGCCCCCGCGAAGCGACGCCCUGGUCGUCCUGCUCGUCAAGGCAGCGCUCGAGGAUGAGCGUACAAAGGCCAUGUGUAGGCGCAUAGCCACGGAUAAGCCAGGAUUCACGGACUCGACGGAUCUCAAAGAGAUACUCGAUCGUCUGCACAGAGACUCCAAGACUACGUCGCAGCACCUGCAACACCCUCCGCAGAAGCAGCAGCAGCAGCAGCAGCAGCAGCAGCAGCAGCAGCAGCAACUGCGCCCCCCGCAGAAUCAGCAACAACAACAACAACAACAACAACAACAACAACAACAUAAUCAUCAUCAUCAUCCGCCGCCGCCGCCGCCGCAGCAAAAGCUUCCUCCAGCACCCCAACCGCCACCGCAACCGAAACAGACUCCUGCAGCACCUCAACUGCAACCGGAGCAAAAGCUCCCUCCAGCGCCUCAGCAUCAGCAUCAACAUCAGCCGCAGCCGCAGCCGCAGCUGCAACAGCAGCUGCCGGGACCGCCGAAUCCCCCACAGGGUCAGGCACCUCACGGACCAGUCGAUGACAACGGAAACAUCCAGCCUCAAGCCCCCAAGCAGACAAUCCGCUACAAAGCCCCCACGCCUCUACCGCCGCCGCCGCCGCUCAAGAGCGACGUGACAAAGGUCAUAUUCGACCUCGGCACGGGAGACCGGUACCUGUUCCCCAAAUACAGCAUCCUGGAGUACCUGCCGACGAUAUCGGGCCAGAUGCAGGUGGUAGCCUCGUUCCUCAUCACCCGCAAAGGCGGCGACCCUGAUUACGGCGGCGAACCGGACCUCGAAUACUACCAGCCCGUAACGAUACGCCUGUCCAGCCAGUCGGGCCGCCAUCUCGAGAACCUCGCGCGGGUCGUGCCCCCGCAGGACGAGGUGAGGCAGCACAUGAAUGACAUGAUGGACAGGCUGAUCCGUGCGGAGUACGUCCACCUCGCCCUGCGUCUGCCACGGACCGUCAAGGAGGAGGACGACGACGACGAGCGCGAGCGCGAGCACGGACACGGGCGCAACGAGGAAGGGCGGAGACAAAGAGCCGAGAGGCUGGAUGAAGCCAAGAAGAUUGAACCGGAUGCGUCUGCGCCGGCGCCGGCGCCCCUGCAGCUCUCCAAACCAAGUGUGCUCUGGACGACGCCGGCAAGUGCACCUGCAAAGGUGGACCAUGUGCCACACUCCGUGAAUGAAGACGACGAGGCUGAGGCGCAGUAUAGGCGCCUCAUUCACUCGGUCGCAGCUAAGGGGCCGACUGUUCAGCUAUAG